UUUCACCACAUAACACAUGUUCAUAACACGUUUUUUUAUUUUAAAGAGCUCUAAUUUAUUUCCAAAUAUUACUUGAAAAUAUUCAACCCACUUGUUUAUUAAUAAAUAAUAAAAAAUGGGUAAACUUGACGUAGUUAUGCUACGAUAUCUUUCUGCGGAAGAUUUUCGCGUUUUGACUGCUAUUGAAAUGGGGAUGAAAAAUCAUGAGCUGGUUCCUGCAAUGCUGGCUGCUCAAAUUGCUAAUUUAAAGCAUGGUGGUGUUAGCAAAAUAUUACGCGAGUUGUCAAAACAUAAAUUAGUUAGUUAUGAACGUGGAAGACAUUAUGAUGGCUACCGUCUAACAAAUGCAGGAUACGACUACCUGGCUUUAAAAGUUUUGUCAACUCGUCAAGUAUUGUCAUCAUUCGGCAAUCAAAUAGGUGUGGGAAAAGAAUCAAACAUUUACGUGGUAGCCGACAAAGAUAAUAAACCACUCUGUUUAAAAUUGCAUCGCCUUGGUCGAACAUGCUUCCGUAACAUCAAAGGAAAACGCGAUUAUCACCAGAAUCGUAAAUCAAUGUCUUGGUUAUAUUUAUCCCGAAUAUCAGCAACUCGUGAAUUCGCUUACAUGAAAGCUCUUGAGGACCGUGGCUUUCCAAUUCCAAAACCGAUUGACUUUAAUCGGCACUGUGUUGUCAUGGAGCUGGUAAAUGGAUAUCCACUGUGCACAAUAAAUGAAAUCGAAAAUCCAGAUGAGUUGUACGACGAACUCAUGAACUUGAUAGUCAGAUUUGGGAACCAUGGAGUAAUUCAUGGUGAUUUUAAUGAAUUCAACAUCAUGGUGACGGAUGAAGGAAAGCCGAUUAUUAUUGAUUUUCCUCAGAUGGUUUCUACUGAGCAUAUCAACGCCGAGUAUUUUUUCGAGCGUGAUGUUAAUUGCGUCAGAAGUUUCUUUAAAAGAAAAUUUGGUUAUGAAAGCGAGUUAUAUCCUUCUUUUAAAGACAUCUGCAGAGAAGGCUGCAUUGACGCUGAAGUAAAAGCCAGUGGGCUGACGAGACAAAUGGAGAAGGACUUGCUCGUUGAGAUGGGACAAAUUGAUGAAGAUGAAGAUUCUGAUGAUGAUAAUGAUAAUAAUGAUGAAUCAAAUGAAGAGAAACCUCUAGAUUCAAUCACUGAAAUUAAAUUACUCCGUAAUCAAGUUAAUGAAAGCGUUGCUAAAGAUUUAAAUGAAAAAAUUAAUAUUCUAUCCGAUAAUGAUGUUAAUGAAGACGAUGAUAAUUUAGAUGAAAGCGUGGUGAAAGAUUUAAGUGAUAAGCUGAGGAUACAAAUGAUUGAUCAAAAAGAUCAAGAAAGUGAGCUAGCUGAUCAAGUUCCAGAUCUUGUUGAAGACGAUCGCGAGUCAAGAUUCGACUGUCACAGUACGUGGAGUACUACCUCGACCAUUGACCCAGCGGUGAUUAAGCAACGGGUUAAGCAGUCGCUGAAGAAACGAGAGCGUCACGGACAGUCGAGAAGAGUUUUGGCCAAGGGAGAAGCCAGCACAACUACUCGCCAGAGACGGGAUAAUCGUGAUACUAUUAAGCAGUACACUGAUGGCGGUGUUUGGGGAGAUUAAGAUAAAUACAAUUUUUCUAUUUUUUUUUUUUAUUAUUAAAUAAAUACAUGUUUAAUAUUAAUUCCUCGGGUAAUAUUUAUUUUUUAUUCAUACAAAGAAUUAUAUUAAUUUCUAACUUUCUUUUGUAUGCACACUAGUAAUCUAACAUUUCUUAUUUUAUUAUUUAAGGAUUAAAUAAAAUAAUAAUAAUAAUUAUUAUUUUAUUGCGAUAGAUAAAGCAGUGAAUGUAAAUCAAAAGAAAAGCACUGUAUUGAUAAUUGAUUUUUUUAUAAAGUUAUCAAUUGACAGAGGUACUUCCUGCAUAAGUUGUUUUUCUAAAACAGUAUAUAGAUAAUACAGAAAAAAAAAAAAAAAAAAACAAUUUCAAUUAUACAGCGGUAUUAAAACAUGAUAACACAACUACUUAAUCAUUUAUUUUUAAAAUUAAAUUGCAAAACAAAUUUGUUAUAUACUGCAUUGACGAUAAACGUAAUAUAUCGGGCAUGAAGUAAAGACUUAAUUAAGUCACCCCGGGGCUCUCGAAGCUCAUUCCAACAUUGCUACAAAAAUCAACAGUCAUGUAACCGACAGAUCCACCAGCUAACCAAUUGCUCGAGCAUUCAGUCAGUGCGUUUUCACGGCUCUAUAUAAAACGAUUGUUUUUCACAACACACUUCAGUUGAAAACUGUUUCAUCAGCAGGACGGUGAAAAAAAUAAAUAUAUAUUCACGAUGGAAAAAGCAAACCUUACUGCUGUGCUCUAUGGUAUCAACGAUUUGCGAUUGG